GCCAGAGUUCCGAUAGACCCGAGCAACUGCAAUAGGCUCAAUAGCUUCUGCUUCUUCGUGUCGAAAUCUCUACACAGAAAAGACGGUUCAUAAGCAUCGAAAUUCCGCAAAUGGACACCGAAGCAGUGAUCGGAUUUCUCAGUCAAGUUCCAUUACUUCAGAGGUUACCGAGGUCAUCCAUCAAGAAAAUUGCCGAGGUCGUCAAAUUCAAACAUUACGGGCGUGGUGAGUAUGUUGUUCGAGAGGGAGACAGUGGGGAUGGAGUCUAUUUUAUUUGGGAAGGAGAGGCUGAAGUUCAUGCAUCUGUCAAUGCUGAGGAAGAAAAUAGUCCGGAGUUUCAAUUGAAGAAAUAUGAUUAUUUUGGUCACGGUGCUGUAUCUCUUGAUCAUUCGGCUGACAUUAUUGCUUUGUCCAAGUUGACAUGCCUACUGCUGCACCAUGAACAUAGUGCAUUGCUGCAGCCCAAAUCGAUUUGGAAUGGAGACGCAGAUGAAAAACAUGGGACCCGCUCACUGGUGGAGCUUGUACUGCAAUUAGAACCAAUAGAAGUCGACAUCUUUCGUGGAGUUACUUUGCCAGAUGCUCCAAAAUUUGCACAGGUUUUCGGGGGACAGUUGAUUGGACAGGCACUGGCUGCAGCAUCGAAAACUGUUGAUUGCUUUAAACUCCUCCAUAGCUUGCAUAGUUAUUUCCUUCUUGUUGGGGAUUUAGGGAUGCCAAUCAUAUAUCAAGUUCAUCGUCUACGUGAUGGACAUAGCUUUGCUACCCGGCGAGUGGAUGCAAUGCAACGAGGAAAUAUAAUUUUCACGAUACUUGCCUCAUUUCAAAAGGAAGAGAAGGGAUUUGAACAUCAGGAAGUUGCGAUGCCGUCAGUGCCAGCUCCCGAAAUGUUACUAUCAAUGGAAGAGCUGCGGGAACAACGUCUUACUGAUCCUCGUCUUCCCAGGAGUUUUCGCAACAAAGUGGCGACAAAAACUUUUGUGUCUUGGCCUGUAGAGAUCAGGUUUUGUGAGCCAGGAAGUUACUACACCAACCAGACUAAAUUUCCACCGAGCACGAAAUUCUGGUUUAAAGUAAGAGGAGAACUUUCAGAUGAUCCAGCUUUGCAUAGAUGCGUAGUGGCAUAUGUUUCAGAUCUUAUACUUCUUAGCGUAAGCCUCAAUCCUCACCGUAAAAGAGGUUUGAAGUUGUCGUCUCUUAGCUUGGAUCAUUCGAUGUGGUUUCACAGGCCUUUUAAAGCCGAUGAAUGGCUAUUAUACGUGAUUGAUAGCCCUACCUCGGGUAAUGCCCGUGGUUUCUGUUCAGGCCGCAUAUUCAACAGGAAGGGGGAGCUGCUUGUUUCGCUGACUCAAGAGGGUCUAAUUAGGAAGGCCAAACCAGCAAAUUCAGUUCCAAAAGCAAAGCUAUAAGAUCGGUUAAUACGUGAGGAUUGAAUCGCCCAGAAAGUACCACCAUGGACUUGGUCCUUUGCAUUUCAAAGAGUCAUAAUUUUAUCGUCAGAUUUUAUUCCAAUUAUUAUUGAGAAUAGAUCAUACUAUUUAUUUCUGAAAACUGUGAUCUCAUUUCAUCUUGAUUUUGUCACUGUAAACAUUUUUGUUUUGGGAGUGGGAGUGGGGGUGGGGGUGUCCAUGGGUCCCUGUUACAGACCCGACUGUGCCUAGAUAAGUCCAAUUUUGGAUACCCGUCUAAUAAUUGAACCAGUUCUGGGCUGAGUC